AUGAAAGGUCGGCAUCAGUUUCGCCGUCGUUUCAGUCUACAGCCGUCGUCGUUAAAGGAGGGCCAGGAGGAUGGACCGACGAAACACAGACUGUCGGAGUCGGACAGCGGCGGCGGUAAACAGGCCGAGAGCAACAUAAGGCACAAGAUCGUGGUGAUGGGCGCCGCGAAGGUCGGCAAGUCGGCGAUAAUCAAUCAGUUUCUCUACAACACAUUCACACCGAAGUACAAGCGAACGGUGGAGGAGAUGCAUCACGGGGAUUUUAACGUUUCCGGGGUCCAUCUGACGCUCGACAUCUUGGACACGUCCGGCUCGUACGAGUUCCCGGCCAUGAGAGACCUCUCCAUCAAAUCCGCGGACGCUUUUAUCCUGGUGUACGACGUUAACGACGCGAACACGUUUCUCGAGGUCGAGACCCUCAAGGCGCAGAUCUACAGUAUGAAGGGCGCGGUCCCGAUCGUCGUUGUCGGGAACAAAGUCGAUCUGGUCGACUCGAAACAAGAGGUACGACCGCGAUUUUCUACCACGAGAGAAUUGGUCACGAUAAAAUGGGAGAACGGUUUUGUGGAGGUCUCGGCAAAGGAAAACGUGAACAUCUCGCAGGUGUUCAAGGAACUUCUAAUACAGGCGAAGCUGAAAUACAAUUUAAGCCCGGCGCUGCGACGACGUCGUCGGCAGUCAUUGCCACCGCCGCAGCAUUUGAAUUCUCGUAGCAGCAGCGCUCACGUGCCAUCCCCGGCCCAGCUCCAGCAUUUACAACAGAUCCGCGAGCGAUCCGAGUCCAAGAGGAAUUCCUGCAUUCUCUCGUAA